AUGGAGUAUAGGACUGCAAGCUUGUGGUUGUUUUGUCUGACUUUGGGGUUCUCAAGAGCCAUUGAUGUGAUAACAGGUCGAAUCCGUAAUCAUGGUCACUAUGUCUGCAGUACCUGGGGGAACUACCAUUUUAAGACUUUUGAUGGUGGUUUUUACCAGUUUCCUGGCGUCUGCAGCUACAACUUGGCCUCUCAUUGCCAAGACUCCUAUCAAGAAUUCUCUGUCCAUAUUCACCGGUCAUUGGUCAAUGGUCAUCCGUUUAUAGACAAGAUCACCAUCACCAUCAAAGAUGUAACUCUUCAGAUUAAGAGUAACUUAGUGGUGGUGAAUGGAGCUAUUGCCAGGACACCUUUCUACAAAUUUGGUAUUCUCAUGCAUGAAAACGAUGGCUAUUUUAAGAUGUACACAAAGGUUGGCUUGACCCUCAUGUGGAACAGAGAAGAUGCUAUCAUGGUGGAGUUGGACCCAAGGUUCCUCAAUCAUACUUGUGGCCUAUGUGGGGAUUAUAAUGGAGAUCCCACAAAAAAUGAAUUUCUCUCAGGGGACAAAAUUCUCAGUCCGAUAAAUUUUGGAAAUCAGCAGAAUGUGAAUGAUCCAAAUGAAGUGUGUAAGGACACAGAUGACACUGAAAUCAUAAACCCAACACAUUGUUCUAAAUAUCUCUCUGUAUGUAAGGAACAUCUAGUCCAAGCUGUGUUCUCUGACUGUAUGAACGUUCUGAAUCUGGAAGCCUACACCCAGGCCUGUAUGAUUGACAUGUGCUCCUGUGACCAAUCCCAAGACUACUUCUGCCUGUGUAGUACCAUCUCUGAGUAUUCCAGACAAUGCUCUCAUGCUGGCGGACACCCAAGAAACUGGAGAACUAAGAACUUUUGUCCUAAGAAAUGUCCUGCUAAUAUGGUCUAUCAAGAAAGCGCCUCACCCUGCACAAAUUCCUGUUCCCACCAAGAGGUACACAGUCUGUGUGAGGAGCAUUACAUGGAUGGCUGCUUCUGUCCUGCGGGUACGGUGCAGGAUGAUUACACUGGCAGGGGCUGCCUACCAGUUGAUGAGUGCCAUUGCAAACACCAAGGGAAACUCUAUGCCCCCGGAGAGUCAAUUCAAAAUGAUUGUGCCAAAUGUGACUGUGUUGCCGGAAGAUGGAACUGCACAGAUCUCCCCUGUCCUAAAGUUUGCUCAGUUGAAGGUGGAGCCCAUUUUACCACUUUUGAUGGGAAGACAUAUACUUUCCAUGGGAACUGUUACUAUGCGCUGGUGAAGGUAAGACGAGAUAGAAAUCUGAUCUUGGGCAAGCUGAUGCCUUGCGGUUCCUCUGAGAGAGAGACUUGCCUCCAGUCUGUUAUACUAGUCACAGACAACUUAAAAAACGUUGUGAAACUCAAAUCAGAUGGAACAGUUGUCCACAAUGACCUUAAGGUUAUGCUUCCUUAUAUCACAGCCAACUUUUCCAUACUACAACCAUCUAAGCCCUAUGUUAUUGUUCAAACUGCUCAUGGCCUCCAAAUGCAAAUACAGCUACUACCAAAAAUGCAACUGUAUAUCACUAAGGAGAAAGCUUCCAAAAAACAACCACAAGGUCUUUGUGGGAAUUUCAACUCCAAGGAAGGAGAUGACUUUACAACACCUGGAGGUCUUGUUGAAGCCACAGCAUCAGCCUUUGCCAACACAUGGAAACUUCUGGCCACUUGUCGUGACAUGUCGGACUGGUUGGACGAUCCUUGCAGCAUUAGCAUUGAGAACAAAAAUUACGCAGACUAUUGGUGCUCUAAGUUAGAAAAUGUUGAGUCUCCUUUUGCCAAGUGUCAUUCCACAAUAGACCCUACUGAAUAUGCAAAGAGAUGUCGCUAUGACUCAUGUAGCUGUAAGGACAGUGAGCACUGUAUGUGUGCAGCUCUCUCCUCCUACGUCAGAGCCUGUGCCACGAAGGGGAUCAUUCUGUGGGGAUGGAAGAAUGGAACCUGUGAUAAGGAUAUUACAUCCUGCCCAUCUAGCCAAAUCUACCUGUAUAACUUGACCACCUGCCAGCCGACCUGCCGGUCCCUGGCAGAGGAUGAGAAGGCUUGUGGUAGUGUUUUCACCCCAGUAGAUGGUUGUGGGUGUCCAGAUGGACAGUAUUUGAAUGAGAAGGACCAAUGUGUACAUCGAUCUAAGUGUUCCUGCUAUUAUCAUGACACUUACCUGAAACCCAGAGAGAUAAUCAGCACAAAGGAUAAGCACUGCAUCUGCCAAAAUGGGAAUCUUGCCUGCAAUGAUAAGGUCAACAAAACUUGUCCUGGAGGGAAAGUUUACUUGGACUGUGAUAAGAGACAGCCCCUGGCACCAGGAGCUCCUAUACGCAGAAGCUGCAAGACUCUGAGUAUUGAAUACUUCCAGACAGAGUGUAUCUCAGGGUGUGCUUGCCCCAGUGGACUUCUAGAUGAUGGAGCUGGAGACUGUGUCCCUGAAGAUAGAUGUCCUUGUGUCCAUAAUGAAGACAUUUAUCCGCAUGGAUCCCAGGUCAAGGUGGACUGCAAUACUUGUUUUUGCCAGAAAGGAAAAUGGACCUGCACGAAUAGUGGCUGCUAUGGAACAUGUACAAUCUAUGGAAAUGGUCAUUAUAUCUCGUUUGACAGUAAAAUUUAUGACUUUGAUGGGAAUUGUGAAUUUGUGGCUGCCCAGGACUACUGUGAACCUGACCGCUCUGGUGGCAGCUUCAGUGUCCUCACUGAGAAUAUUCCAUGUGGUACCACUGGAGUUACAUGUUCAAAAUCGGUCAAAGUCUUCCUAGGGAAUACUAUGCUAAGAUUAUCAGAAAAACAUAUAGUGAAGACUGUUGGAGAAGGAGGAAAACAUGUAGAUUAUCAAACCCGCGAAGUAGGCAUUUAUUUGGUCAUUGAGGCAAGUAAUGGCAUUCUUCUAAUUUGGGACAAGAAAACCACCAUAUUCAUCAAAGUAUCACCUGAAUAUAAGGGAAAACUGUGUGGUUUGUGUGGCAACUUUGAUGACAAUUCACAAAAUGAUUUUAAAACCAGACACAUGAUACAAGUCGUUGAUGUUUUGGAAUUUGGAAACAGCUGGAAAGUGGAUGCCACGUGCCCUGAUGCUACUGAUGUACUCAACCCCUGCAGUCAAAAUCCUCAUCGACAUUCCUGGGCUGAGAAACAGUGUGGUCUAAUCAAAAGUCAAGUUUUUAAAAUCUGUCAUAGCAAGGUUGAUCCAAUACCAUUUUAUGAGGCCUGUGUAAAUGAUGCCUGCUCAUGUGACAGUGGUGGAGACUGUGAAUGCUUCUGUACUGCAGUUGCUGCCUAUGCUCAGGAAUGUACCAAAGCAGAAGCCUGUGUCUACUGGAGAACACCAGACAUAUGCCCCAUAUUUUGUGACUACUACAACCCUAAGGGUGAAUGUGAGUGGCAUUAUCACCCAUGUGGUAAUCACAGUGUAAAAACGUGUCGUUCCAUCAACAACAUCUACACUAAAGUCACCAUUACUUAUCUGGAAGGUUGCUACCCAACUUGCCCAAAGGAUAAACCUAUUUUUGAUGAGGCAAACAAGAAAUGUGUGACCAAGGAGCAAUGUGGUUGCUAUGUUAAUGAGGUUCACUACAAAUCAGGAAUAGAAGUGCCUCAUUAUAUGAAUUGUCAUAAAUGUGUCUGCUCUUCAAAUGGAAACAUUGACUGUCAAAAACAAGCUUGUGUUUAUGAAAAAGUGUGCCAGUGGACCCAAUGGCUUGAUGUAAGUAAGCCAGGAGAUGAUGUGGGUAGUGGUGACUAUGAAACAUAUGACGAGAUAAGGAAACACCAUGUGUUCUGUGAAGUCCCAGAACAGAUUCAAUGCAGGGCAGCAAAUGCUCCCAAUGUCAACUUGGAUAACUUAAAACAGGUUGUACAUUGCAAUGUCUCAUAUGGACUCAUCUGUAAGAACAGUGAGCAGAAGCUAGAUGACAACCUUUGGCAAAAGUGUUUUAACUAUGAAGUCCAAGUGGAGUGCUGUCAGUGGAUAUGUUCUGAAUCCACCCCAUUAACCACAACUCCUAGUGGCAUCAGUACAUCUACCACAAUCCUGGAGACUACAACCAGAAGUCUAGAUAUAACUUCAGGAUCUGCACUUUUUUCAUUCUCCAUUACGCCAGAGCUGGCAACGCAAGCACAAAGUUGUACACCUGUUUGUUCAUGGUCGGAAUGGUUUAGUGUGAGUUACCCUACAUAUGAAUCAGGAGGGGAUUACGAAACGUACGAUAAUAUCAGACAGGCUGGACAUGAUGUCUGCGAGAGGCCACUGCACAUUUCCUGCAGGGCAAGACAUUGGCCAAAUAAAGCACUAGAUGAGCUGCAGCAGAAGCUGACCUGUGACGUCUCCUAUGGGCUUAUCUGUAAUAACAAAGAACAGAACACGGCACCAGUGUGUUUUGACUAUGAGGUCCGUGUCCACUGCUGUAGAGUGCCAGAUAGGUGCUUACAUACAACUCCUGAAAGCUCAGGACACAAGUCCAGCACUUCAUUAACCACCACUACUAGCAGUCCUGGGACAAACACAAACACAACAUGGACAUCAAAGACCACAAAGCUCAGUGAGACAAGUUCUCAGACUUCUAUCUCCACUCCAAACAAAGAGACUUCUACUUCAACACAUGUGACCUCUUCCCCAACUACAACAUUUGGAAUAAACAUCAAGACGCCGCGGACAACAUUUAAGACUACUGUGAAGUUACCCCAAGGUUUUGAGAUCCUGCAGAGGAUUUGGCAUCCAUUGACUUACAAUGAAUCAGUUCAUAAUACUGGAAGAACAACUAAGAAAACCACCAUCACAUCUCCAGCCAGUACAAGUAAAGCGGAAACAAUACACAUAGGACCUGAAUCCACACCAACCCCAACUACUGAAGCUUCAUUCACUACCAUCAUAUCAUCUCCUAAUACCACACCUGUCACCAUCUCACCAAGCACUCCUCCUGCUAAUACCUCUUUUAUAUCACCUACCACUUCCACCACAGCUUCACCUCUUGCUACUUCAAGUACAAGUAGAGUGAUUUAUACUCCUGAACAAAUGAUCACCACAGAAGGUGGCACGACUUCCACCGUGACAUCUCUCCCUAAAACACCAAGUGAAUACGCCACUUCUGAAUCUGUAUUAACAUCAGCCACUACUGUUUCUGCUACUGAAUAUUACACAAGAAUAUUACUCAGAACUGAUGAGACUUCAUUGACCAUGGAACCUAAUAAAGCCACCUCUACUACUUCUCUGCCGAUCACAGUAACCACUACUACUUCUCUACCAACCACAGUAACCACCACUGCCUUAUUGACUCCAUCAACUACAAGUCAGGGUACAUAUACACCUACCAAAUCUAUGCCAAUCACAUCAGAAGCUACUGGUACCACCAAUACAUUUCCUUAUACUACAGGUGAAGUUACAACAGUCAGCAAACCUACUGAAAUAACAUUAACCGUUGAAACAACUACUGCAGGUUCUACUGCAUCACCUCCUACAACCGGCAAUGUAUCUCCUACUAUUUCUACAACUACUAGUAAAAGAAUACAGACAUCUGAACCUACUUCACCCUCAGCUAUGACUACCAGUUCUAGUACAACUGCUUCUAUAGAUACAACCAUACUCACAGUUUCUGAAUCUGUUCCAGCCUCAACCACUGCUGCUACUGAGUCCACCACAGUUUUUCCUGUUACAAAUAAAACCACCCGAGUAUAUACCAGUAAGAACUUUAUAGAAACCUCUCCCACUAAGUUUACGCUAAGUUCCACUCCUUGGUUUCCAACUUCUAGUUCCACUCCAUCACAUAUUUCACCUGAAACUACCCUAUAUACACAUACAAUUCCAGGUUCCUCAUCUAAUGCCAAUACUCCUAAUAAUAGAAGUCCCACCAUAACUCCUACUUUGACAAGCAAAGUGACUUCAAGGUACAUCAGCUCUGUUUCCGUACCAUAUGUGAGUACUAAGCCUGAUGAUACUACUGCUACGACUACAGCAACUACAUCUUAUACUAGUCUAACAAAACUUACAACCUACAAACCUACGAAAACUAUACCAGGAUCAUCCUUUGAACCUAUUUCAACAUUGACUACAGAAGCUUCUUCAAUCGGUAGCUCACCUUCUUCUACAUCAGGAAGUAGGAGCCAUAUGCCAUCUACUAUCCAAUCAACCACGGAAAGUACUAUAAAAAGUACAAUUCCUUAUUUAACAGAUAUCAGUAAAUUAUCUAUGACUACUACUACUACUAGUCAAGAGACAUCUACUACCGGCCACACUAUGAGGCAGACAUCAACUACAACUAGUUCAGUAAUCACUUCUCUUCCUGAACCAACUACUGCAAAAGAAACAAGUAUCUCAUCUUCUACAACAUGUGUUUGUAUGUAUAAUGGAACCACAUACCCCCCAGGGAAAAUAAUCAGCAAAGUAACCAAUGAAACAUGGUGCCAUGAAAUCAUUUGCAGUAUGAAAUGUAAAAUUGAAAUGAAUAACUGGCUUUGCUCCACAUCUCCAGCGAGUACCUCAAUUCCAGCAUUAAAAUCAACAUCAGAUACUUCACCCCAUUUUACUAGCACAUCACCACAGAUGGCCUCCACAACAUCCAGCACAACUCCCUUAAAUGCAAGUCACAGUAAGACAACACCUAUGUUCUCAUCAACAACUGAGAAACGUGGUUGUUCCUUUGAGAAAUAUCGAGAGCCAAAUGAAACAUGGAGGCUCGAUAAUUGCACACUGGCCAAAUGCUUGGAAAACCACACGGUAGAGAUUAUUGAACUGAAGUGCAAGUCUCCACCUAUGAUCACCUGUGCCAAUGGGUACUCACCAAUAGCCAUACCAGAUGAAGACCAAUGCUGCUGGCACUGGGAAUGUGAUUGUGUUUGCUCCGGCUGGGGCGAUCCACACUACAAGACAUUUGAUGGAACCUACUACACUUUUCAAGGCAACUGCACCUAUACCCUAGUCGAGGAGAUAGAGAAGAAGAAUAACUUCACAGUAUACUUGGAUAACUAUGACUGUGGAACAAAGGACUUGGUAUCCUGCCCACGAAACAUGAUUGUGCUCUAUAAUACUCAAGAAAUCCAACUUGUGGUUGGUGGUUCACAAGACACCGAUAUACAGGUUGAUGUAAAUGGAGUUAUGGUAGGUACCCCAUAUCAGAAAUAUGGGGUGAAAAUUUACACUAUUGGCAUCUACUACGUGGUGGAAAUACCAGAACUGGGAGCUAAUAUUACAUACAAUGGCUUGACGUUCUCUGUCAAACUGCCUUAUGACCGAUUUGGUCAUAAUACGCAAGGACAGUGUGGCACGUGCACUAACAACCGGUCAGAUGACUGCAAGACACGUGAUGGUGACAUUGUAUCAAAGUGCGAAAUUAUGGCUGAUUCCUGGAUCAUAGAAGAUCCCAAAAAACCUGGAUGUGGCAAGUUUAAGACUGCUGUGCCUCCUACAGUGACUUCUCCUUCCCCUACUUGCCAACCAUCACCACUUUGCAGCCUCAUUAUGGGACAAACAUUCCAGAAAUGCCACAAGAUUGUGCCACCAGAAGAUUACCACAAGGCUUGUGUGUAUGAUAGCUGCCAUAUGUCAAGAUCCAAGAUUGAAUGCUCCAGCCUGCAGCAUUACGCUCAACUCUGCGUAGAUAAAGGAAUUUGUAUAGACUGGAGGAGUCAAGCCCCAGAAUGCUCUCAGAAGAACAUUUCAUAA